AUAUGUCAGUUUUAUUAUGUUUGUAGGUUAAAUGUUGAUUUUUGAACCAUUUCAAUAUUGAUAAUUACUGAGUAUGUUAUUCUGGAGGAUUUGUUCUACAUUACCUAGAGUAAAUUGCUUUGAAGCAUUUACUUAAUCAGGGUUUUGAAUUAAACCUUUCAGAUGAGAAUGCCUCAGAGCAAUGUUAUUAUUCUGACUGAUCCAGUAUCAGAUCUCUCAUUGCACCAGACCGGAGUUACUGUACUUCCCAUUCGGGGCGAAUAUUCCAGAGACAAGUUGAUGCAUCAAAGAAUCAGGUCUUAUAUUACCUUUCUCGAAAUCAAGCUUGAGAAGCUAUCUCAGGUGCAGGGGCAUAUAACUCAUUUCAUCUUUACGGACUCAGAUAUCGCUGUAAUUGAUGAUCUGGGUCAGAUAUUUGAACACUACCAAGACUUCCAUUUGGCUCUCACUUUCAGGAACAACAAAGAUCAGCCUGUGAAUUCUGGAUUUAUUGCGGUGAGGGGUACUCAUGAUGGUAUUUUAAGGGCAAAAUUUUUUCUAGAGAAAGUAUCAGAAGUAUAUAGCUCCAGAUACAUGAAGGCUUCCCGAAUGCUUGGUGAUCAGCUGGCCCUUUUCUGGGUUGUAAAGUCCGAUGCUUCUUUCGAUGCAAAAAGAUUUAGUAAAGCACAGGCUUUUACCAAUGAGAUUGGUGGUGCAUCAGUGCUGUUUUUACCAUGUGCUACAUAUAAUUGGACACCAUCCGAGGGUGCUGGUCAGUUUCAUGGCAUGCCUCUGGAUGUCAAGGUUGUUCAUUUUAAAGGAUCAAGGAAACGCCUAAUGCUCGAGGCUUGGAACUAUUACAGUUCUUCUACUGACAUUUCAGAUAUGCUGUGCCUCAUCUUGAAGAGUGGGAGAACAAAGUAUUACUUUUGAGUGAAUUCAUUUGGUUAUAGCGUGGAUACUGCAUCUUAUGAUACAUUGGUGAAAGGGAAUGAAUGGCUGA